AUGGCAGCCGUGGAUGCAUCUGCAGGCGGUAUUCCGCCCAAUUCUACUGUCUACGUUCGGAAUCUCGAAGAGCGCAUCAAGAUUGAGGAACUCAAAGAGGCCUUGGAAGAGAUCUUCGCUGAGUUCGGCAAUGUGGUCGAGAUUGUCGCGAAGCGAAAUCUGAAGGCCAAGGGCCAGGCUUUCAUCGUCUACGAUAGCGUUGAUGCCGCAACCCGAGCUAUCGACGAGGUAAAUGGCUUUGAGCUCUUCGACAAGCCCAUGGUCUUGGACUAUGCGAAGACCAGGAGUGAUGCUACUGUCCUCCGUGAGGGUGGAAAUGAUGAGUUGGAGGCUCACAAGCGGAGGCGCUUAGCUGAAAAAGAGCGGAAGCAAGCCCACGAAGCUCUCGAAGCCCAGAAGAAACUCAAGCGCCCCGCUGCUCCUGCCGAGCCUGCCCGCCCAGCCAAGACCACAAAGGGCGCUGGCCUUAAGCCCACCUCUGGGGCCGCAGCCGCUGUUGUUCCAGACGAGUACCUGCCUCCCAACAAGAUUCUGUUCCUGCGGGAUCUACCCGACGAUGCCAGCGAGGAGGGUCUGUCGGCAGUCUUUGGCCGCUUUGAAGGAUUCCAAGAAGUCAGAUUGGUGCCUGGCCGCAAGGGUAUUGCGUUCGUUGAAUAUGAGAAUGAAACUGGAGCGAUCAGCGCAAAGGAGGCUACCUCAGGCAUGCCCAUGGGCGAGGAGAACAAGGUGAUUCGUGUUACAUAUCAGAGACAGUGA